AUGGCGCUUCUCUCAUCGAAGGCCGCCCGCAAGUGGGGACGGCGCUGCCUCUACGCCACCGGAAUACUGGGCGUCGGAUACGUCGGGGCCGACUACGCCACAGAAAACUCCCUGACGCGCUCGCUGCGCACGUUGCUCGCCUUUGGCAUCAUUGUGGGCACGUACAAGUUCACUACCCCUAAGACACCCGAGGAACUGUCUUCCAUGCACAGCCGCGUCGCGCGCAUCAUCCUCGACACAUGCCUAAAAAAUGAGGGGUUGUACAUCAAGAUAGGUCAAGGCCUGAACUCCAUGAGCCACGUGCUCCCGCGCGAGUACACGGAAGUGCUCAAAGUGCUGCUGGACCAGGCGCCGCCUGUUCCAAUUGCAGAGAUUCGAAAGAUCAUCCGCGCCGAAACCGGCAAGGAAAUCGAGGAGCUGUUUGUCCGCUUCGACGAGACGCCCGUGGCCUCGGCGUCGAUUGCGCAGGUGCACCAAGCGUGGCUUCCGCCUCCAGCAGACGGCUCAUCGGCGGAGCCGCAGAGAGUAGCUGUGAAGGUGCGCAAGCCGUGCAUCUCCACACAGUCUGUGUGGGACCUGUACAUGUAUAGCACCAUCAUGACGCUGCUCAAGCUUCUCUUUGACCUACCGACGGACUGGUCCAGGAAGACCGUGUGCGACGCGUUGGUGCGCGAGAUGGACUUGACCUUGGAGGCGUCCAAUGCGAAGCGCUUCCGACACGCUUUCCGCGACAACCCGCGCUUGUACAUCCCGCGUGUUCACGACGCGUACACCUCAAAGCAGCUGCUCGUUCUGGAGUGGAUCGAGGGGACGAAACUGAACGAAGUGGAGUCUAUACGAGCGCAGUACGAUGAGAAGCGUGUCCUGACCACCUUGUUCGACGCCGUUGGUGACAUGGUCUUUAAGCACGGCUUCGUCCACGCCGACCCGCACGCCGCCAACGUCCUUGUGCGACCUUUGCCGAAAGCCACCACGACCACCACGGCAGCGCGCAACUCGAGCGACUACCAAGUCGUCCUCAUCGACUUUGGCCUCGCCACACCGGAGCGGGUUCGCUUUCGAUAUCAAUACGCCCUACUCUUUGUGAGCCUCUUUACCCAUGACAAGGAAUCGCUGCGGCGGGUGGUGCACGACUGGGGCAUCAACGACGCCGAGAUGUUCGCCUCUCUGCAGGCGCAGAAGCCCUUCGAAGCGAUCCAGGCCGGCAGCUACGACGAAGUCACACGCGAUGAGGUGAUUGCCAUGCAGACGAAGGCGCAUGAGCGGGCAAAGGAGAUUUUACGCGACAUACGGCGCAUACCGAAGGAGCUCAUCAUGGUGGGCCGCAGCCUCGACAUCCUGCGCGGCAUCAACCGGCUUUACGGGUCACCGAUAAACCGCAUGAACAUGUUUGUCCAAAGUGCCGUAGAGUGUCUGGGUCCACUGCGCAACUAUGACGCGGUCGACGCGUACUUGAAGCGCAUGCAGAAGAUUAUGGAGGCGCGAGGUUGCUUGACAACCGUCGCCAUGGACUCCUACCAGGAGUACGAAAGCGUGUACGAUGCCUCUGCAGACACUGUGCGAGAGGAGCAAGAAGCCGCAGCAGCACAGAUUGCCGCCGAGGACGCACAGAUUGGGUUCCAUCACCCCUCGCAAGGGCCAGCAUCGGAGGUGUACACCUGGCUCGACGCCGUGUAUCGCGCCUUGCUGCUGCACAGUCUUUUGUUCCUGCUCAACGCGGUUCACGUGAUCACCUACACUUACAACUCACUGAUCGGGAUGGUUCUGCCACUCGCAGCGCAGAGGAAGCUCCGUAUCGCAAGCCUGGAAGACCGACGUGAUCGUCUAUAUGGGCAACAGUGGAGUAUCGAGGGGGAAGAGAUGGCGGAAGCCGUCCUCGCGGCUGCCUAA